AUGGCGAUUAACAUCCUCUUGUUUAGCUCGAUAGCCCUAUCUUUGGCCUAUGUUGCUCUCGCCUUCGAGCCAAGCCCGUUGCAGGAUUUCUGUGAUCAUCCCUUCCAUUUCAUUGGCAUAAUGGCAUUUUCAGCAAGAGUGAAUGGGCAAGCAUGCAAAAGCCCUGCUUCAGUAAUAGCAAACGAUUUCUCCUUCAGUGGGCUGCAUAUGCCCGGGAACACCUCCAAUCCUAAUGGGUCGAGGGUGACCCCGGUGACUGCAACCCAGUUGCCAGGGCUCAACACCCUGGGAAUCUCAAUGGCGCGUGUUGACUACGCGCCAUGGGGAAUCAAUCCAUCACACACCCACCCGAGAGCCACUGAGAUGUUGACUGUGAUUGAGGGAUCGAUAUUACUACUGAUAUUCUCGCCAUAG